AUGGCACAAGAACAAGAAAAUGAUUUGUGGAAGAUGUUUACACCUGAUGACAUUUCAUCAGAUUCUUCAUUUAAUAUUAGUUUAACCAAUAAUAGCAAGUCAACUGGUAAACGUCCAAAACCUUCUCUUAAAUGUGCUGUUUGUAGCGAUGAUGCUUAUGGCUACAAUUUCGAUGUGAUUUCAUGUGAAUCUUGUAAAGCAUUUUUUCGUCGAAAUGCAUUACGACCACCGGGCAAACUCAAAUGUCACGGACACGGCCAUUGUGAAGUAAAUACAUCAACUAGAAAACGUUGUAAAAAAUGUCGACUAGAUAAAUGUUUCCGAAUGGGAAUGCGUCAAGAAUGGAUUCUAUCAGAAGAAAGUAAACUCAAGAAAAAGAAUAAAAUCGAAGAAAACCGUCUUCGAAAACAGUCGAAUGAAUUUUUUCGACAACGUCAUCGACUUAUUUCAAACUCUUCUCGUGUUGACAGAAGUAGUCCCGACGAACGAACCUUCGUAAAAAUAACAACCAGUGAUGUACUAGCAGUAAUGACUAUAUUCGAUUGGUCGAAAAUUCAGCAAGUUCAAACAGCAUACAGUGAAGCAAUGGCAUAUAAUCAAGUUGUUGGUGUACCUCCUUAUCCUGCAACACAACCGAUUCAUUCAACACUUGAACUAAUUCGAAUUCCAACUUAUUUAUCAUCAAUACGUCUUAUAACAUAUCUAAGAAAAAUUCCAGAAUUCGAAUUAAUUGAUUCCGAUGAUCGUGUAACACUAGUUAAACAUAAUUUAUUAGCAGUGGUUUUUAUGCAUAUAGUUUUACUGUAUGAUCCAAUCGCCGAUACAUAUCAUGAACACAAUACUCAAGAUCCAAUAUUUCAAGGAAAAGAUUGGAUUGAAAUAUUAGGCAAUGAAUUCUAUAAUGAAUUGACAGUUACAGCAAGGAAAUUAAUUCAAAUGCUUGAAUACGAUCGUGUUGCUGUCAAAAUUCUUCUAUUGAUUAUUCUAUUUACAAAAGGGUUCUGUGCUUAUGAUAUUGAACAUGAACCAUCAUUAAAUAAUCCAUGGGUUGUACAUAAUACGCAAACUUUAUAUAUUGAACUAUUAUACAAAUAUUGUUCACAUCAAUAUGGUUUCGAAACAACGAUAAAUUUAUUCUCAAAACUUAUUAACCAGUUAUUUGUUAUACAACGUUUAUCGGCCCAUUUGAAACAUUUAGUGCACUCGAAUAUUGAUGCUGCACAGUUAUCUCCAUUGAUGCAAAGUGUAUUACAAACACAGAAUACGACUUGA